GAGCUUGUCAUAUCCCAACAAGACACAGAGCCGUGGCUUUGGGUGUACAGCUUCCUGCUUCAGACAUAUACAGUAGUGAUUGUACAAAGCUCUCAAGUUCCCCCUCACAGACUCCCUGCACUCAAAAGUUCAUCAUCUCUCCCACAUGUUGUAUGUUUCUAACCUUUCUUCGCAGCUAUGACAUCGAGGUGUCGGCGAUACCGCCAGUUACCCUUCUUGCAUCGGAACUGGAUUCACGCUACCAACUACUGGGAAGAUAGAAUGGGCAACAAGCCCUCCACCCAGUCUCGGGUGCCUGCUCAUGAGUCCGACGUCAGAUUUGCCGACCACAGCCACAAGCCCGAUCAAGACCUCGACGACACAUGCCAGCAUCCAGCAAAACGUCGACGCCUCAAUGACAAUCAUGGCUUUCCCUUAUACGAGGAUCCAAACGGCAACACCCCACGCUGCCUGCGGAUUGAGGUCCUCAAGAUUAUUCACAAAAAUUCACCCCGCAUCAAAAAUGGCGUGCCUAACGGCAUCGUGGCACCCAAUGUGAGGGAUACCGCCAACAUGCGGGCGCGUUGCAAAUUGAGCAUCUAUGGUCAUAAUGGGGAUGAAAAGGUUCUCUUGCACGUCGACAGCCAGUUAUGCGAGCUCAAGGUUUACAGGAACCCUGCCGCCGCAUCCACACACAUGGCUCGACUGUAUGCUAUCAAAGCUUUCGAUAUUCCCGAAGACAAAAUAUACAUGGAGCGGGAUGGUGAUGAUCCCGCCUUUGGCUUUGCCGAUUCCUACAGUGUCCUAAUCGAAAUCGAGUCAGCCGGAGAUCCAAACUGGCCACCCAGCAGCCUAAUGCCGGCCAAGAUGGAGGAUCCCUUGGUUCGUAACCUGCCACCGCGCCAGUGGGCCCUUUACGCCCAGCUUCCUGAUAUUUUCCACACUCGCAACAGGAAGACGGCGAGGUUGAAGGCAAGGAUACAACAGAGCCGAGAGACGCCUACGGAUUUCGCCAUGGACAUUGAUGUGCGCUGGCAAACGAGCAUAUCAAGCCAACUAACAGGGAACCAGAAGCCCAAGGAGAUCAUGCCCUCUAUUACAGUAAGUGACCCUUGGGCCCCUAAGAAGCCCCUGUCAGAACUGCCAGUAAAUGGUACAAACGGAGUUAAGGGUAUCAAUGGGCAUCAUCAUGACCCAAACACUAGUAACGAGAUCAGGAAGACCGGAAAUUGGGAAGUUAACAGCACUUUGCUUGCUGAUACCGAAGAACUGGCCGAGGGUGACCUGACGCCCAACCGAUCUAGGCGCCACAGGACCGAAGUCAAUUACAACGUGAGGCAACUAUGGAACACCGCCGUAGGGAAGGAGCCACGGAAACGGCGAAGAGCCGACGACGAACAUCCUAUACUAGACGAGCACACUGUCACCUACGUUUUGCCGCCUGAAACGCCUGGAAACGAGGAGACGUUGCAGGCCACCUGCAACAAGCUCUCUUGUCUGGUAUGCGCAGCUGAGCACGACCGCAUCAGCCAGCUCCGCGCUCACUUCUCAUGCCACCCCGAAUAUGAGUUCAGUUUUGAGCAGAAGAAGGGCAUGUACCUGGUGGCAAUCCAUAGAGCCCCUGGAUACACAUCGACCACCAUGCCUGCCUUGGAAGCGAGCAAAUCAUUUUCCCUCGGCCUUCCUGUAAAACCCCUUGACCUCUCCAAAUUCGUCAACGGCGACGACUCCUGGGUUAAAUCCCGUCUCUUACCCGAUCCCAACGACUGUGAAAGGCCUCAUCUCCCAGCCAGCCGAAGCCCAACCAAGGGACCACAGCAGCAGCAACAACAACAGCAGCAGCAAAAGGAAAAAUGUCUUUCCACCACCUCCACAUCCACCCGCAGCCGCGCCGCCGCCACCGCCGUCAAACCCCAAAAGAAACCCGUCUACAUACCCCACAACAUCAACCGCCCCAUCUACGACCCCCUCUCCAAAGUCGAACUCGCUCCCGGCUCCGAGGUCCGCUACCCGCCCCUGGACGAAGGUUGGCUGAUCACCAAGCAUGCCGACGCCCUGGGCGAGUUUUCGGACGUCGAACCUCAGGAAAAGGAGUACAUGAUGCAGUGGGACGCCUACAUCCUGCAGAAACACCUGUGCUCGGAGCAGUACCUGCCUAGAGAGUUUCGCAACUUUGUCAGGGAGAAAGCGACAUGGUUGCUGGAGAAGAGGAGUCGGGCGGAGGAACUGGGGAAACAUAUGGCGGUUUUGUUGGCGAGGAGAUACGUGGAUGAUGCGACGGUGAUGGCGGUGACGAAGGAGUUGAACGAGGCCAGGAAGGCCAUGGCUGCUGCUGAGGGUGCGAAUGGUCCUGGUGCUGGGGAUGGGGGGCAGGCAAGCAAGGAAUCUGAGGCACAGGAGCAGCAGCAGUCAAGUGGUAGGAAGAAGAGUGCGGCGGGGGGUUGUGCGAGGUGUGGAGAGGUGGUGCCGCAGCCGGAAAUGGUGAUUUGUUGCAAUAAGCACUGCAAACAACGUAUCUAUCAUAGUCGAUGCGUGCCGAACCCGGAGGAGGCGCUCCAACUCGUCAGGAAGCGAAAGUGGAAGUGCUUCAAGUGCGAAGCAGUGGGCCAUUAGAAGUGGCAGCAGCUCAAAGUUGAAGCCAAAGUC